UUUGGUCAGUCGAGAAAAGGUAAUUGAAUCAAAAUAAAGUGCCAUCAUGCGCGUAGCCACGUUUACUGUGGCGAUUUGCGUAAUUGCAGGCCUUAAUGUGAUUGAUGCUGCUGUUACUCAACCCCCAACCACAUGUGGAAACAACCCAGCUGAUAUACAUUUCUUACUGGAUUCAUCUGGUAGUGUAGGUUCACCAAACUUUCAAAAACAAAAAGACUUUGUGGCAAAAUUUGCAGAUCAAUUCACAAUUGGACCAAAAAAUGUGCAAAUAGGAGUAACAACAUUUGCUACCACAUUUCAUCCACAGUUUUACAUGAACCAACACCAUGAUAAAGCUUCAUUAGUGAGUGCGAUAAAAGCAGUUCCUUACCAAAGUGGUAAUACGCACACUGAUGAAGCCCUUAAAUGGGUCGAUCAACAUGCUUUUACCACAGCUGCUGGUGAUAGACCGGGUGUUGUAAACAUUUUAAUUGUUAUGACCGAUGGUCAGUCAGGAAAUCCACCCCAGACUGUUAUCGAAGCUGCCAAACUACACGGACAUAACAUUCGUGUGUUCGCCAUUGGUAUUGGAAACGGUAUUAGACGUACAGAACUUGAAAAAAUAGCUUCCGAUAAUGCUCAUGUUUUCACAGUGACGAAUUUCGAUGCUUUAUCGACACUACAAGCAGAGUUGAAGAAAACCGCAUGCAAAGUCGAUGGUGUAUACAGUAAUUACGGCGGCUUCAGUACAUGCUCUAAAACAUGCGGAGGUGGAACCAAACACAGAGACAGAACAUGUACAAACCCUGCACCAGCCAAUGGUGGAAAGAAUUGUGUAGGAUCUGCUAGAGAUACUCAACCAUGUAACGCACAAGCUUGUCCAACACUGCCACCUCCAACUACCACUCAAAUCCCAACAACAACACUCAAAUCUUGUGGAAUAGUACCUGCAGAUAUACACUUUCUAUUGGAUGCCUCUGGUAGUGUAGGGUCUUCAAAUUAUCAAAAGCAAAAAGAUUUCGUAGCCAAAUUUGCAGAAUCCUUUACGAUCGGACCACACAAUGUUCAAAUAGGAGUAACUACAUUUUCCUCCCAAGUUCACAAUCAAUUUUUCAUGAAUAAAUACAACAGUAAAGCUCCUUUGGUAAGCGCUAUCAAAGCCAUGCCUUAUCAAUCAGGAGGUACCAACACUGAUACUGCUAUUAAAUACGUUGAUGGAAAUGCUUUUACCAAAGCAAAUGGUGACCGAGACCACGUUGUCAACAUUUUGAUAGUCAUGACAGACGGACAAUCUGCUAAUCCAAUACAGACCGCGGCAGAGUCGAAAGUACUCCAUGGACACAACGUUAAAGUUUUUGCUAUUGGAAUUGGUAAUGGAAUUAAACGACCAGAAUUGGAAACAAUUGCCACAGAUAGCGCUCAUGUAUUUACUGUAUCGAACUUCGACGCCCUUAAUACACUCCAAGCUGAGCUAAAGAAAACAGCAUGCAUAGUUGAUGGUGGCUGGACUAAAUAUGGUUUCUGGAGUCCAUGCUCCAAAACUUGUGGCAGUGGAACCCACUACAGGGAAAGAACCUGCUCCAACCCACCGCCAGCCAAUGGUGGAAAGAACUGUGUAGGAGGUGCCAGAGAUACCCAACCAUGUAACACACAGGCUUGCCCAACCACUCCCCCACCCACAACAAGACCACCAACUACCCCAUAUAUUGCAACGACAACUUUGGGAAAAAGCUGUGGAGUUGUUCCAGCUGAUAUAGUUUUCAUUCUUGACUCAUCUGGUAGUGUAGGAUUACCAAACUUCAAUAAGAUGUUAGAUUUCGUCAAAAAUAUGAUCAAAGGUUUCGACAUUGGACCAACUGGGGCUCACAUUGGUCUUGUCACUUUUAGUUCUAAACCUCAUAAUGAGUUCCAUUUGAAUAAAUUCAACGACAAAGCCAAGACAACAGCUGGAGUAACAAAUAUCCACUAUAUUUCUGGUGGUACCAACACAGCUGAUGCUCUUAAGUAUGCCAGAACAACAAGCUUCUUACCUGCCAAUGGCGCCAGAGGUAAUGCAGCUAAAAUUGCUAUAGUUAUUACUGAUGGUAAAUCACAGUCUCCUCCAGCAACCGCCCAAGAAGCACAGAGAUUGAGAGACCAGGGAGUAACAGUCUUCUCUGUUGGAGUCGGAGCUGGACCUAAUUUACCAGAACUGAAUUCCAUGGCAACAGACCCGGAUAACCAACACGUGUUUGUUGUAAACAAUUUCGAUGCUUUAACACAAAUCAAAGGAACACUGCAACAGAAGGCUUGUGAAGUCAAAGCAACUACCAUGCCUCCACCAGUUAAAAAUUGUGGUUCUAAAGCUGACAUUGUAUUCCUGUUGGACUCUUCUGGAAGUGUAGGAUCCAAAGACUUCACGAAAAUGUUAGGAUUUGUAGAAGGUGUUGUAGAUAAAUUUACAAUUGGUCCAAACGAUAUCCAAGUUGGUGUUGAUACCUUCCAAAAUUCAGUAAAAUCAGAAUUCAAUAUGAACAAGUACGCCGACAAAAAUGCCAUGAAAACUGCAGUUAAAAAUAUUGCUUACCAUAGCGGUGGAACCAAUACUGGCCCAGCUAUCAAGUUCAUGACCGAUAACAGUUUCAGUACAGCGGCAGGUCACAGAGCUGGCGUUCCUAAGAUUGCCGUCGUUAUUACUGAUGGUAACUCAGCAAACAGAGCUAGUACUUUGGCAGAGGCACAGAAAGCACGUGCAAGUGGUAUGGAAGUUAUUGCCAUUGGUGUCGGUCAUGGUAUUAACCAAGGAGAACUGGAAGGUAUUGCCAGCAAACCAAAAAGCCAGUUUGUCUACAAUGCUGAAAACUUUGAUGUAUUGAACACACUACAAGCAUCUUUGUCUUCUAAGACUUGUGAAGUAUCCACCCCACAGAAUGCAACUAAAGACUGUGGAUCUGUAGCCGACAUAGUUUUCACACUGGAUUCUUCUGGUAGCGUUGGUAAAGCUAACUUUGACAAAAUGUUAGAUUUCGUCAAAACAAUGGUCAAGGGAUUCAACGUAGGACAGAACAAAAUCCGUAUUGGUAUUCAAACUUUUAGCAACAGGGCUAAAGUAGAGUUCAACUUGAACAAGUUCGCAGACAAACAAGCAAUUAUGACCGCCAUUGACCACAUUCCAUAUGUAUCUGGUGGCACAAACACUGGAACUGCCCUUAAAACCAUGUACACCAAAAUGUUUACUCAGGCAAAUGGUGACCGUCCUGGAAUUCCUAAUAUUGGUAUUGUUCUCACCGAUGGACGAUCAAACAACCCAGUAACUACUGCCAAUGAAGCCAAAAAUCUCCACAAGCAGAAUGUUGAUGUGUUUGCCGUUGGUAUUGGUAAAGGUAUUUCCCAAACUGAACUGAAUACCAUUGCUUCUGAUCCAGAUAGUGCCCACGUGAUGACGGUGGACAACUUCGACAAACUUCAACAAAUUACAGCUGGCUUCCAAGCAAGGACAUGCCAAAAUAUUCCACCAACUGCUCCUGCAUUCGUACCAACAAAAUCUCCUCGUCCAAACCUUGACCCAUGUCAAGAUAAACUAAGCAACUGUCAACAGUAUGGAUUAAGCACAUGCUCAGAUCCUAACUACUCCAAAUGGGCAACUGAAAACUGUGAGAGGUUCUGUGGAAUAUGUACAACACAAAGUCCAACUCUGCCACCACCAUGUGAAGACAAUCCAACAAUUGCAUGUAGUAAAUUCCAGGCCAGUACAUGUAACAGUCCAGAUUACAAACAAUGGGCCCAUGAUAACUGCAGGAAAUACUGUGGAUUCUGUGCACCUGCAGCUAAAGGAAUAACAGGAUUCUAUGGAACCUGUUCCUACAAUGGUAAACAGUACAAACAAGGAGAGACAUGGAGUGAUGGCUGUGCCUAUGAUUGUACUUGUGAUGAUGCCAGUCGGGGAUCAUACAGUUGUUAUAAUAAGUGUCCUGCAUAUUAUAACCUGCCUCCUCAGUGUACAUUGACAAAAACAGUAGGCAAAUGUUGUCUAGAACCAGUCUGUAACUUCAAUCCAACAUUCCAGACAACAACAGGACAAAAUGUCGCCAAUGUUAAUGGCAUUAACAAAUGUGUAUAUGCAGGCAAAUCAUAUUUCCAGAGUCAGACAUGGCAAGUUGGUUGUGAAUAUGAAUGUAUCUGUGAUGAUGCUGGAGCUGGACUCUGGUCUUGUCAAUCUAGAUGCCCAACUUAUUCCAACUUACCAUCUAUUUGUCAUCUUGAACAACAACCAGGACAGUGCUGUAAGACACCUAAAUGUGAAUAUAACCAACAGUUUGGUACAUUCUCAGGCAAUGGAAUGAUAAGUGGUAAAGGAUCAGGAGUAACCAACCCUACAGAUGCACCAUGUGUUGACAAACUACCUAACUGUCUACAGUUUGGACCAGAUGUAUGUACUAACCCAGAUUAUGCCAGCUGGUCUCGAGACAACUGUCGUAAAUUCUGUAAUAAAUGUGGUGACCAGCCAGGCCCAACUGAUGUAUGUAUUUACAAGGGUGUCUCCUACAAACAGGGUCAGACUUGGUAUGAUGGAUGUGAUCUGGAAUGUAAAUGUGAACGGGCUAUCUAUGGAUACUACAGAUGUAAUAAGAGAUGUCCAGAUUAUGUUAAUCUUCCUCUCAACUGCAACUUGGUUAAGGUAGCCACAGAUUGUUGUAAGAAAGUAGAAUGCUCAGGAGGACAGGGGACCUUUGUAGGAUCUGCUCUGACACCUGGACUCAUUGGAAACCAGCCACAACCAACAUUACAGGUUACUCCCUCACCUAUACCAGGACAACCCACACCUAAACCAGGACAAAUUCCACAACUCAUUCCAUCUCAAGUUGAUGGAUGUUAUGUAAACGGUACACUAUACCAACAAGGACAGAGAUGGGUUGUUGGGUGUGACCAGGCUUGUCGCUGUGACGAUGCCAAGGCUGGACGCUACAGAUGUGACCCUAAAUGUCCAGAAUUUUUGGGUUUGCCUCCAUCUUGUACACUUAUUGAAGACCCCAACGAUAGAUGUUGUAAGAUUCCAGAUUGUCCAGCUAAUGUGAACGGGACUCAGGUAAUUGUACCUGUUCCCCAAUAUGGUCCAGGAUUCUCUGGAUAUGGUAAAGCUCAAUACACACCAACUGGCAGUGUCCAACCAGGACAAACAUCUUUUACUGGCACUGGUACUGGUACUGGACCAACUGUUGUGGCGGGAACCAGAAAUGGUUGUGUGUACAAAGGAAAGACCUAUCAACAAGGCACAAAAUGGGAUGAUGGGUGUGAUUAUAAGUGUACAUGUGUAGAUGCUACACAAGGCAGAUACCAAUGUAAUGACAGGUGUCCAAACUUCAUGAAUCUCCCACAACAGUGUAGACUGGUACCUGAUCCUAAUGAUCAAUGUUGUAAGAAAUACAUGUGUGAUUUCUCUCAGAAGAUAACAACACCAGCUCCAUUCUUUGUCAGAACCACACCAGCAGCAGGAGGAGAUUUCUGUGUAUACAAGGGCUCAUAUUACAGACAAGGAGAACAGUGGGAAGAUGGAUGUAGUUUGAGAUGUCGAUGUGAGGAUGCUAGAAACCAUUACUAUCAGUGUACUGACAGAUGUGGCAAAUUUGAGAAUAUUCCACUCGGUUGCCAGUAUGUACCUGAUCCAAAAGACCCAACCUGUUGUAGAGUUCCACAAUGCAGUGUCACGGGAACAGUUGGACAAGGAACCAGUGGAUUUAAUCCAGCUGGAUUCAGUGGUAGCUUUACUGGAUAUGGAAAGCCCCCAGCACUCUCAGGAAGUGGAAGCCAGAUCUCACAAACUGGAUACUCAAAUGCCUGUAUUUACAAGGGUAGAAUUCACCAACAAGGAGACAGUUGGAAUGAUGGAUGUGAUUACGACUGUGAAUGUAUUGAUGCUAAAUCUGGACAAUACAGAUGUACUGAUAGAUGUCCAAGAUACGGUACACUUCCACCAAACUGUCAACUGGUACCUGAUGUAAGUGACAAGUGUUGUCAGAAGGCUGAUUGUGCUCCAACUUCAUCUGGUUCCUGUUCAGACAAGAUUGCAACUUGUAACCAGUUUGGACAGUAUGCUUGCUUCAAACCCUAUGAUGGAUGGGCAAAGGAUAACUGUGCUAAAUAUUGUGGAUUCUGUGGAGCAACAGGUCGUGUAACAACACCAGCGCCAUCUACAACUUGUAUUGACAGGAUUCCUAACUGUAAAGACUACACCAACGGUGUAUGUACUGGACAGUAUGUCAGCUGGGCUGAAUAUAAUUGUCCUAAAUUCUGUAAUUUGUGUGGUGGAACAGGUACAGGUACAGGUGGCACAAUGACAGGUGGUACAGGUGGCAUUAUUCCAGGUGGUCUUAUUCCCGGUGGCACAGGAACUGGAACUGGUACUGGAACUGGUACUGGAACUGGAACUGGUACUGGAACUGGUACUGGUACUGGUACUGGAGGAGGUACAAUUACUGGAACAGGAACAGGUGGAGCCUGUAUGGAUGUCCUGCCUAACUGUGUUCAGUUCCAAAAAAGCUCUUGCCAAGAACCCUAUCUCAGCUGGGCCCAAAAGAACUGUGCCAAAUUCUGUGGAUUCUGUGGUUCUGGAACUGGUACCGGUGGUACUAUGACAGGGACAGGUACUGGUGGUACCAUGACAGGGACAGGUACUAAUGGUGGUACCAUAACAGGAACUGGUACUGGUGGAACAGGAACAGGAACAGGUGGAUCCUUUGUGACAUCCAUGCCUGGACAAACCUUUACAGGAAGAGGUGGUGGAUGUUAUUACAAGAAUCAGCUCCACCAGACUGGAGAACAGUGGACUGAUGGAUGUGAUUAUAACUGCACAUGCUCAGACGGAUCCAGAGGACUGUACACAUGUAGAGCUUUAUGUGGAACUUACACUAACCUUCCCCAAGGAUGUACACUACAGAAGGCCCAGGGUGAAUGUUGUGCUAAACCAGUCUGCUCAGGAACUGGGACUGGUACCAUGACAGGAACAGGUGGAACUGGUACCAUGACAGGUCAAGGAACAGGAUGUUUGUUCCAGAAGACAGGAAAACUUUAUCAGCAAGGACAAACAUUUGAUGAUGGCUGUACCUAUAAGUGCACAUGUACCGAUGCUUCUCGUGGAUAUUAUACUUGUCAAGAAAAAUGUCUUAAAUGGACUCUGCCAAGUCAAUGUAAAAUGAAUCCACCAGCACCGGGAAAAUGCUGCCAGACACCAAACUGUCCAUCGUCCGUAGUCCUGACAUAUCCUCCAGGAUACGUAGAAGAAUAAACAGAUGAAUAAAAAUAUGAGACACCUAUACAUUCUGUUAUGUAAUAUUAUUUCAAGAAAUUGUAAUUGUAAUUAAAAAUGAUUUUGUA